AAAAAAAAAAAAAAAAAGGUAUAGUGGUUUGGAGCAGGAAAGACCAGGCCUUUUUCGCUGCCCUCCGUCCCUCCUCCCCCCAAGACAAUGCAAGACCGUGGUGUGGGUAAGAGGGGUUGGGGAGAGCCCACAGGAGCUUCAAGCCCUGGCCUCGGUUUCAGACAUCUCCUGUCUGCUUACCCGUUUUUCUCUCCUCAGUCCCCUGCCUCAAGAUUCUCCUCAGCAAAGGCCUGGGGCUGGGCAUUGUGGCUGGCUCACUUCUCGCUGCCCCAGGUGUUUAAAAUCCUGGGAGCCAAGAGUGCCGAAGGAUUGAGUCUUCAGUCUGUAAUGCUGGAGCUAGUGGCAUUGACUGGGACCAUGGUCUACAGCAUCACUAACAACUUCCCAUUCAGCUCUUGGGGUGAAGCCUUAUUCCUGAUGCUCCAGACGAUCACCAUCUGCUUCCUGGUCAUGCACUACAGAGGACAGACUGUGAAAGGUGUCGCUUUCCUUGCUUGCUACGGCCUGGUCCUGCUGGUGCUUCUCUCACCUCUGACGCCCUUGACUGUAGUCACCCUGCUCCAGGCCUCCAAUGUGCCUGCUGUGGUGGUGGGGAGGGUGGGUACCAGGAGCAAGGGACAAGAUGUUGGGGGGCAGGGUGGAGGGGAAGAGUGGAAGGUCAACGUGUGGGGGUGUUGGACUUGGGGGAGUAUGGGAGGAGCUCAGGUGACAGAGCCAAAGGUCUCAACUCCUCCCCUAGCUUCUCCAGGCAGCCACCAAUUACCACAAUGGGCACACAGGCCAGCUCUCAGCCGUCACAGUCUUCCUGCUGUUUGGGGGCUCCCUGGCCCGAAUCUUCACUUCCAUUCAGGAAACUGGAGAUCCCCUGAUGGCUGGGACCUUUGUGGUCUCCUCUCUCUGCAACGGCCUCAUCGCCGCCCAGCUGCUCUUCUACUGGAAUGCAAGGCCUCCCCACAAGCAGAAAAAGGCGGAGUAGAGCCAGCUACUGGAGUCAUUCCGUUUCCACUCAUUCACCCAACCUCAGGGUUCUCCCCAUCUGAGCCAGCCUGCUGGUGUGACUUACUCAUCCUCCAUUCCUUGCAUUUGCAGACUUUCUGAGCCAGGGUUGGCUUUAGUGGAAACAAAUGGUUGAUGGAUCCAGAUCCUUAGAAAAGGAGAGGAUGGGGGUAGAGUCUCCUAAGCCAAAAUUUUGACAUUUGAGUGCUUUUCUAACUCAGUCAUUCAGCCAAGCCUCCUCCUCUAGCAGCAAUUUCCAGCUGUUUAACACUAUCCUGGGUAAAUGUUUUACCCUGUCCUCCAGCCUCCCUGCUUCCCUUCUGGCCCUAGAAGAUGGAGCCUGGAAGGCGGAGUGGAGGGGACUGGGGGGCUGUGGCUCCCUUCCUCCCUCAGCCCGGCUGGGACUGUCUCCCAGACCCCAGUGCUGAGGUGGGGGAAGGGGGACGGAGAAUGACUCAGGCAGGGCCCCAGGGUGGGGUGAGGAGGUUCCUGCUCUGGCAGGUCUAGGCGGAAGGGAGUGGAGAUGGGGCUGGUUCCUGCUGCAGUGAGGGGAACAGAUGGGACAAUAAAAACUGGAGACUCAGUUGAAUAAUACAAAACUGUGUUUAAUACUA